AUUCAGAAGAAUGUCAUCAAGGGCGAUCCACAAGGGGGACGGAACAAGUGGGGAAGGCACAAAUGGCGGUGGCGCCCGUUGCCGAUGGAAAGGAAGAAGGGGAAGGGAAAGGGAGAGAGAGUGCAACCACAGAGGGGAACGACCAAGGUACAAAGGGUAAGCAAUCGACAGAAGUGGAGCAGGAAGUUGUGGAUGAAGUAGAAGCGCAAGCGCAAAGGGAAGCUAUGCCUCCCCCUCUUUCCCCUCCUCCCUGGCAGCAAGGGACAAUUGAGGAGGACGAAGGGAAACCAGACAAGGAGGUGCCACAGUCAAGGCGGGAGGAAAAGACAGGACAAGGCGAACCUGCACCACCCUGUAGCCAACCAAAGGAGGUCAUCGAAGUGAGGGAAGACACGCAUAUGAAUCAGGCCAUGGGUCAUCAGUUGGAGCUUGGGAGUUACAGGAGGAAGAAGAAGCAAUUAGCCUCUCGGCCAUCAUCAACUGCGGACAAUGGGACGGAGGAAGGGCUGUCAGGCGGUACUUUCAGAAGAGAUGUGCCCAGGGAACGCGAACGAUCCCCUCCCCCGAAUCGCCCUCCGCUAAUGGUACGCUCCUCCAGGCGCUGUUUUGUGUCACCGGAGAGAAGAGAGAUGGACCGCCUAUCACGUCGGACGGGACUGGGAGACCCCUGCCCAUACGACUUGAGCUUGGGACCGGGGGACUCCUCCAGACCGGACGACGGGGGGGACGGGGGAGCCAACGUGAUCCCAGAAAUGGAGAAGGAAGACGUGGACAUGGGCUACUUUGCCCAGGACUCGGAAGAAGAGGAGGAUUCCCCCCUCAUGGUGGCAGACCGAGGCCCCCCUUUCAUGACGGCGGUACACAGCUCGCUCCAAGCAGUGAUGGCGGCAGGAGAAUGUUAUGUCUUCAUGAUUGGAGUAAUGAUUAAUGGAGACGGUUGGGGGCAUUCGUAUUCCAUUGUGAGAGGUGAAAUUCUUGGAUUUAUGGAUGACGAACUUCUGCGAAAGCAUUUGCCAAGGACGUUCUCAUUAAUCAAGAACGAAAGUUGGGGGAUCGAAGACGAUCAGAUACCGUCCUAGUCUCAACCAUAAACGAUGCCGACUAGGGAUUGGCGGAUGUCUAUUGGAUGAAGAGGCCAGCACCUUGCGAGAAAUCAAAGUUUACGGGUUCC